AUGGAUGUACCUGUAAAACGCAAAAGAGAAGAAGACGAAGAAGAUAGUGUAGAAGAAGAUAAAAAUUACAGUAAAUAAGCAUUAUUUGAGUAAUUGAUAAAAUUAUGCUACUUCUAAUUAAUUUGAUGCCAAUUAUUAGGAAGAUUGUAAUGCUAAUGUCCUUAUUUUUAGCUGGAAUAUUUCUACAGCCCUUGGCUAUAAGUUACGUUGGUCUCGAGCUCAAUCUAAAUUAGUUAUGAUUAAAAAAAAAUAAAUUUUUUUCUGCUAUAAUAUAGUAAUAAAAUUAAUAAAAAAAUAUUUAAUGAUAAAGUGUGUUAACAGUUAAGAUAUAUUGUAUGAAGAAAAUAAUCUGAUUCUUAGAGAGCUUGCACAUCAAAGAAGGAAAAGGAAAGAGGAAAGUUCUGCCUUUAUAAAAGACGGGACUACAAUAUAUAUAUGGUAUACAAUAGAUUUUACAUUUAUAAUAUAAAAAAUUAAAUUAAAUAAUUUUAUAGUAGAAAAAUUAUUUGAUCAUAAUAUUGUAUUAUUAUAAUAGAAAUGCAAAUAAAAAGGCUUUUCUCUUUUGGGGAUUAAAUAUUUUAAUCAGAAUUUUAUUAUUUUCGUAAAAAAAUAUUUUAUGCUAUUUUAAAUUGAAAUGGUGUGUAUUAUUUAAAUCUUUUUGUGGAUAUAUCAAAAAUAUUCUUCUAUAAACUCAUCAAAAUAAAGUAUAAUUUCUAGGAAACUCUUUUUCCCCAAUAUAUAUGACCGCUCUUGAUUACAUCCAGAAUCCACCAUCUCAUUUGCUUUCCUUCCGACAACUUAUGUAUGAGGACCUCCUUGAAAACCCGCGCUCUCCUAAAACACUUAUUUCUGCUCUUUUGACAACAUUUUGCUACGAAGAAACUUUUAUUGCUCCGCUUCUUAAACAGGGUAUUAAAACUUGUCUUAUCACUGAAAGUUCAAGCCCAGGACGAUUUAAUAUUUCUGAAGGUUUUACUAUACUUUUUACAAUUGAUUUCUUGCCCUAAAUAAUUUAACCUUAAAUUAUUAUCCUAUUAACCAAGUAAAGCAUAUAAUUUCCCCGCGCAAAGAAGUAUCAUGGGGCAAAUUCCAUGCUAAACUUUUUCUAUUAAAAUUCCCAGACAAGCUUCGUGUUGUCGUCUGCAGUGCAAAUUUAGUUCAAUAUGAUUGGGCAAGUAUCGGCCAAGUUGUUUGGUUUCAGGAUUUUCCUGCUGGAUAUUCACGUGAAAAUUCUUUUUUAGCACAAUUACAAAGGUUUCUUGUAAAGGUUAUGCCGAUAUCAUAUGAUAUGAAAGAGCAUCUAGGAAUUGAUCUAUUGGUUUCGCAAUGAAUAAAAGGAUUUUGGCUAAUAAAAAAUAGAGAAUUUAUAUUCAUUAGGAAAGGUAUAGAAAAUUAUGAUUUUUCAAACCCAAAAGUGGAAUUAGUAUGCUCAGUCCCUGGAAGAACUCCUGAUUUAGCCAAUAGUGGGCAAGCAAGGAUGAGGAGACUUAUUAGUCAAACUGGAAAUACUUAUAGUGAUUUAUUGAUACAAUGUUCUAGCUUAGGAAAACUUAACAGAAAAGUUAUGGGAGAAUUCUGCAAAAGUUUUGCCAAUAAUUUACUUGCAAAUUAUGAAAUAAUUUUCCCAAGCCUCAGAACUGUAGAAAAUAGCCAUCUCGGCAAAGGAGGAGGUGGGACAACUUUUAUUAAAGAAGAACACUGUAAUGCAGCUGAAUUUCCAAAAAAAGCUUUAAAUCUCCAUUAUUUAAAAAUAAUUAUUAAAAUAUAUUAAUCAAAGCUAUAUUAAAUCCCUUUUUUAAUACAUAACGGAGUAAGAGAUAUAGCAUCUCCAUUAGAAUUUCCUCAAAUUUGUAAGCAUCUUUCUCACAGUAAAGUUGUAAUUGCCCACAAUAAUUAUGAAAUUGACGACGAUACAAUUUUUUAUUUCGGAAGCCACAAUUUAUCGCCAGCAGCUUGGGGAACAUGAGAAAAAAAUAGCACAAGGAUUUACAUGAUGAAUUACGAAAUGGGAGUCUUAUUCUUACCAAAGCCAGGAAGCAAAGCAAUGAAGAAGGAAAUGGUGAGGAGAUUACCUUUUGCAGUACCGCCACCAAAAUAUCAGGAAAAUGAUGAGCCGUGGCUGAUUGAUAAACAUCUAAACUAG